AGACUAUCCGCUCGAAUGAUGGUCAACUGGAUGGUGAGAUGCAGCGAGAACGUCUUUGUCCGGAAAUGCGGCACUGAAGAACACGAGUCUCUUCCUUGCUGUUCUCCCUGCAUGUUUGGAGGAUGUCUUCUGCCGGGUGCUGUCACAGGAGGAUGCUCACUAGACGAUCAAGUAGCAUAUCUCCCACUGAAGUUUUGACAAAGCAGAGUAUUACAUCAACCCACAAAGUGAUUGUCUUUUCUGCUUUCCUGCUGAGUAGUCUGAAUCUGGAAGUGUUUUGGAGAGAAGAAGGGACCCUGCAUGAAGAAUACCGCAGAAAUCUUCUUGUUGCACGGUCAUUCUGUCCAGAUCCAUCUGCCCCUUUAUGGGUCGUCUUGUCUGUUGUUGCUUUCCACAAUGUCUGUGUUAGUGAUCCACUCAGUUAUCUUUUUCAGAUUGGUCAGAUCCUUAUUGUGUGUGACUGCCGGAGCGUCGUUAUCGACCCAAUCAAGCGAGCCCACGGAUUUCCCAAAAAGGUGGUGACGAAACUUCCCGGGCAGCAGCUUCCUUGUUUGGGCUAUGCUCGAUCCAUGCCGACUCUCCUCUGCAGCUGCGGAGGUGUGUUCCCACCCGGUUGAUCGUCGGAUGAGCACCGAAGUUUCACACUAUG